CCUUCAACAUUCGUGUUUUUUCCGGAUUUUUUCGCUCUCACCUGCCUGUGAAACUGAGCGGCUGUGAAGCUGAGCUCCUGUCUGUGCUCCGUGUUUUUCGGUCCGACCCCUGGAGGAGGAGAUUUGUAAGCGCCUGUUCAGGCAGGCAGGUCAGCGCCUCAGAGUGAUUCCAGAGCGCAGAGAGUCUCAUCGAUCUUUCUACGACUUUUACUUCACCGAGUUGGAUUUAUAAGGCUGCAAAACCUCGCUGGAGGAGCGGAGUUCCUGUCAGCUGAAGCGAAAUGUGCUGGAAUUAAGUUGCUGUAGUGACACCCACCAUCAGAAAAAAAGCGUGUGGGUGGGGAAAAGAAACAAGAAUCAAGAAAAAAGACAAGAGUUUAGGAGAGUAACAGAAGUUGAGAAAGUGAGAGAUGGACUGGAAGACGUUCCAGGCCCUGCUGAGCGGGGUGAACAAAUACUCCACGGCAUUUGGGCGAAUCUGGCUCUCUGUGGUCUUCGUGUUCCGGGUGAUGGUGUACGUGGUGGCAGCGGAACGCGUGUGGGGUGACGAUCAGAAGGACUUUGACUGCAACACGAAGCAGCCAGGCUGUGCCAACGUCUGCUACGACCACUACUUUCCCAUCUCGCACAUCCGCCUGUGGGCGCUGCAGCUCAUCUUCGUCACAUGCCCCUCACUGCUGGUGGUCAUGCACGUCAAGUACAGGGAAGACCGUGAGCGGAAGUACCGUGAAAAACACGGCGCGGACGCCAAACUCUACGACAACACGGGCAAGAAGCACGGUGGCCUGUGGUGGACCUACCUGCUCAGCCUCUUUGCCAAGACGGGCAUUGAGGUGGCCUUCCUCUACAUCCUCCACCACAUCUACAACAGCUUCGACCUGCCCCGGCUGGUCAAGUGUGAGGUCAGGCCCUGUCCCAAUGUGGUGGACUGCUACAUCGGCAGGCCCAUGGAGAAGAAGGUCUUCACCUACUUCAUGGUUGGCGCCUCGGCCAUCUGCAUCGUGCUCAGCAUCUGCGAGAUCAUCUAUCUCAUCUCUAAACGGAUCUCCAGAUGUGCCAAAAAGAUGAAGAGCCACCGUGGGCACAGCAUGGCUCUUUACCACCCUCAGUAUCGGGACCAGGACAGCAACUGCACCCUGCCCAUGCACGAACUGGACCACAAGCCGGAGUACAAGGUCAAACCGAAGGCUGAGCUGCAGCCUGUGGCCUACAAGCCAAACGUUUGCAUGAGGGCUUCUGCUCCCAAUCUUUCCUUGGCUUAGGUGUGGUAUAAACUCAGCUUUAGACUGAGAUGAACUAAGAUGGAGGGCUCCAAGCUGAGCAUUUAAAACAAGCUAAAUAUUUAGCCGGACAGAACUACGUACGUUUAGCUUGAUCUUAAGAACUCAUACUCUUAUACCAGAGAGCCAGGGCGAAACAUGGUUUACUGUUGUCUGUGCUCUAUUACACCUGAUCCAGCGCCAGGGCGGGAUAUCUUGUAAGCACACGGAUAAACCAAAGGUAUUUCCAAAAAGCUGCCAAAAGACAAUGGGUUUCCAUCAACUACUGUUACAUCAAACUAUUAAAGUAAUAAGGAGAUCUGAAUGUUUGUCUUGGGUUGAAUAGUCUGUGGCAAGAAGCAAGGCUGCCUCUGGUGGUCAUAGCUGCUCAGCAUCUUCACCAAGACUGUACCACGUACACGUAAACACGUACCUUUUUUCAACAAAAAGGUGGAGAUGCUGUUGCCAGAGUUGGUCCUGGUUUCCAGGAACCAGUGAACUUUUUCAAGAACGGUUUCACUGGCUUAAGAGCUGAACGGUAAUAUUACUGGAUGUUUCUACAUGCUACAUUAUAACGUUGGUAACAUCUAGUAAUGUUAAUGUUGUAAAGUGUUGAUUUCAUCCAUGGACCACUCAUGAUUCACGUUUUCACCCUUUUUUACUAAUUUUUUCCAGACAACAUGAAAUAUAGUGGUUCUUUCUAUAAAGUUUACCUUGUGAUGGCAUGAUCCCCUUGCAUCUCUGUUUUUGGUUCCAGGCCAGCUGUUUUUUGGGGUGGUGAUUAGCGGUUUAGCAUGUAGCAGCAUACCUUGCACUUCCUUUGAGGACAACAUAGAUCUCUGAAAUUGGGUCAUCAUUCUGUAGUUGGUGUAAUAGCCAUAUUAGGAAGUUUGCAUCUAAGUAGAUUUUCUUUGUGUGAAAAAUGAAUGGGUUUUUCAGAAGUCACCAUUGGUCACCUGUGGUUAACAAAGAUAUUCUAAACCUGAUAUGUUUUGCUAUGUACAUUAUUUGCCCUAAUGUCACAGUAUCCUCUGAAUUACGAGGUUAAGGAGUCAAAAUAGGGCUAUUGCUAUGUACAAGCUAACAUUGCAGCGCUCUGAAGUCACUUCAUAAGACUGGUAACCUCAUCAGAAAACUUUAUAAAAACGAGUAGUA